AUGUCAGCACCAUCAACCGAAUACGGAUACAUCGACGGCGUGGAGCACCUUGGCGACUACAAACCGGGCGGAUAUCAUCCCGUUCACAUCGAUGACCGGCUCGACCAGCGAUAUCGAAUAGUACACAAGCUCGGCCAUGGCACUUUCUCCACUGCCUGGCUUGCCAUUGAUGAGAAGAUAUCGAAAUACGUCGCCAUCAAAGUCGGCACAGCAGACUCAGAUCGUACCGAAGCCAAGAUCCUGUCACGCCUCGCAGAGAACUUCACACACAACCUCGACUUGGAGCGCACGCCGCCACUGCUUCCCGUCGUCCUCGACUGCUUCGAUAUCAAUGGGCCUAAUGGCACCCAUCCGUGCCUCGUGACGUCUCCGGCACAGUGCAGCUUGCGGGACGCAGUGGAGGCAUCGGGUAGGGGCUUGUUCCAGCUUGAAGUGGCGAGAUCUCUCGCAGCGCAGCUCGUCAUGGCCGUAUCAGUCGUCCAUUCACAGGGUUAUGCCCAUGGGGAUCUUCAUCUCGGCAAUCUCCUCAUCCAGUGGCCCUCGAGCCUCAACAGCUUAUCGGUACAGCAAUUGUAUACACGGUACGGAGAGCCAGAAAAGGAGCCAGUAGUACGCCUCGACAACCAAGCAGCUUCAACGGCGCCCGGAGUCCCUUCCUAUGCGGUGCCUGCCCUCUGGCUGGGCACGGAAAGUCACGAAUUAUGCCUUGACGACGCAAAGCUCAUACUGAGCGACUUUGGAGUCGCCUUUCGACCUGCCGACAAAUCCCGAUUCGAGUCAUAUACACCACUUAUUCUCCGCCCACCUGAGGCAUUCUUCGAGCCAACAGUACCGCUCACAUUUGCUUCGGACAUCUGGAGCCUGGGAUGUGUGAUCUUCGAGCUUCUGGCCCAUCGAUCUCUCAUCGAUGGAUUCCUGGCACCGCAGGACGAGAUUACGGCGCAGCAGGUUGAAUUGCAGGGUCACAUGCCACCCGAGUGGUGGGUCAAGUGGGAGAAGCGAUCAAAGUGGUAUGAUGAAGAGGGUCAGCCUCUGAGCAACGCCUCCGAUCGUUGGUCGUGGGAACGGCGAUUUGAGCAGUGGAUUCAGCAUCCGCGGCGGAGGAGGGGUAUGGAAGUGAUCAGUGACAAGGAGAAGAAUGCGCUGUUGAGUUUGCUCGGCCAAAUGCUUGCUUGGAGGCCAGUGGAGCGACUGGAUGUGAAGGAGGUGUUGAAAACGGAGUGGAUGAAGGGAUGGGCUUUACCGGCGUACCGGAAGGCUUGCAGAUGA